AUGUCACCCGCCCCGUAUCAAAAGUACCUCGACCAGUUCAACGCGCUCGAUGAUGUGCAAAAGAUGAUCGGGACCGCCGUGGCCCUGGUAGCGGUCGCGGUGUUGUACCUCAUCUCUACUCGACCGAGUCAGUCGCCAGCGCUCCAUCGCUCGGUCGCUCGUUGUGGCUCCGGGGGGGGGAAAUUGAUUGCCGUCGGGGCGCCACGGCGAUGGAACGGCUUUGAAGGCCAGCGAUCGAGGCCAUGUAGAGGGAGGGCGGCGCAUAACUGACAUGAUGGCUUGACUUCAUCCCAUUUCUUCUCAGGUGGAAAGCCAUCACUCAAGAAGGACGACUGGCAAAAGUACAAGCUGAUUGACAAGAUCGUCGUCUCGCCCAACACGGCAACGUCAGUUCCUCCGCGGCUCGAGCUGCCCCUGCGCUUUCCUCGUCGGGCCGCGGCGAGCUUGUCCUCGAUGACGGUCCUGCGCAGCGCCGACAUGUUCCAGCCCGUCGUACUAAACGAAACUCGAUCUUUUGCACAGCUAUCGGUUCGCGAUCCCCAACCGAGGCAUUUUGGGUCUACCCAUCGGCCAACACGUUUCCGUUUCCGCGACGAUCAACGACAAGCUCGUCCAGAGGUCCUACACGCCUACUUCAUCCGACGACGACAAGGGCUAUUUUGAGCUCUUGAUCAAGGUGCGUUCCAUCAACCCCCAAGUCAUCACGUCGCCGUGCGAUGUUAGUGGUGAACCCAGCGCUAACAUCUGGGUCCCUCUCACUCGCUUUCCGUCGCGCGGACAGAGUUACCCGACCGGAAACAUCUCCAAAUACUUUGGCGAGCUCAAGGUUGGCGACUAUGUUGAUUUCAAGGGCCCCAAGGGUCAAAUGGUCUACACGCCCAACAUGUCGGACCAGAUUGGUAUGAUCGCCGGUGGAACGGGCAUCACCCCCAUGCUCGUAAGUCAUCAUACCAAACAAGUCUUGCUGUCACCUUGUGUGCUCACAAACAUCACUUCAUCUAGCAAAUCAUCCGCGCCGUGCUCAAGAACCCUUCGGACAAGACCAAGUUGUCGCUCAUCUACGCCAACGUCAAACCGCAAGACAUCCUGCUCAAGAAAUCGCUCGACGCCUUGGCCGAGAAGCACGCCGAUCAAUUCAAGUUGUACUACGUUCUCAACGAGCCUCCCAAGGAAUGGAAUGGAGGCGCAGGCUUCGUCACCAGGGAGAUGAUUGAGGAACAUUUGCCCAAGGCGUAUAAGAGGAACAAGAUCUUGUUGUGUGGUGCGUGAAUUUUGCAGCCUGGAGAGGUGGUCUAAAGGUUCAGGGCUGAUAAGCGUAUUGGCAUGGGAUUUUUUUUCCCCAGGUCCUCCCCCUAUGAUCAACGCGAUGAAGAAGUCGCUCAAGGAACUCAACUUUGACGAACCCCGAACGAUCUCGAAGAAGGAGGACCAGGUGUUCUGCUUCUAA